UAUGAAUAUUUUGAAACUCAACAAAUAAGGACAAUGAAAAGUAUGCCCAUGGAGGCUUGUCUUUAUGCUGCUUUGCUCAUGGUCUGGUGUGUGCUGGUGCAAUGUGAGCCAAGCUGUGAUCAGACAGAGUUCUUACACCGUAAUGGCACCUGUGUUGAGUGCCCUGUGUGUGGACCAGGAGAACAGCUCGCAGAGGACUGUGGCUUCGGGGAUGGUGGCGAGGGCGUCUGUGUGAUGUGUGCAGCAGGGAAGUUCAGCCCAGAGACGAGUGUGGCUCCCUGCACUCGCUGUACUCAGUGCAAUCUGCUGAACCGCCUGGAGAGGACAGCAUGCUCAGCCACCAGUGAUGCCCAGUGUGGACGCUGCCUCCCAGGGUAUUAUGAGCUCAGGAGCAUCACAGGGGAAAUAGAGCUGUCUUGUGUGCCUUGUUACCACAUGGGUGCCGUCCGUCAAGAGUGUUUGCUUUUGGCUGCUCGAGCCUCUAAAGCAGAGAUUGCAGUCACUGAGCGCAGGGAAGGUUUCAGUGAACUCACAGAGACGAGGGCAAAGAAAGGAACCAUUUCAAUGGUUCUGAUUGGGUCAGCAACAGCUGCCUCAACUUUUGUGGUGGUUCUGCUGCUUUGGGCCUUCCUGCUGACUGCUGAGAGAUUCAAGCAGGUGCCUGACUACUGCUCCAGGACUGAGAGGAUAUUCUCUGGAGUGGACCCUCAGGACUUGCCUCUCUCCAGCACCACCGAGCAAACCAUUAAACCAAUAGAAGCCCCUACACAUGCUUUUGGUCCAUCUGAGGAUCCGCUCAGAGGCCUGAACUCACUGAGCCAUGAGAAUGAGGUGCACCCGACUUCGAUUGUCAUUAAUGUCACCACCAACAUCAAACCCUCUGGUCAGAAUGCAGAUGAGGAGCAAGGAGGCAACUGCUACUCCACAGAGGAGAUGGAGCAAAAACUACAGAAAAUAUGGGAGGUUGCUCAAGGUGAGGGUAUUGAGAUACUCAACUAUGAUACAGUUCAGGACUUGUCCCUGCUGUUUGGCUCUUCUGACAAAAGUGGCAUGUUGAGGAGACUAGGGCGGUCUUUGGGUGUCCCACCUCAGGUCCUCACUCACCUCCAAGACUUCCAGGACCUCUUCCAGUACCUGCGCACCUCUACCUACACACUCUUGCCCCAACUGGCCCAGGCUGCUGCACUCCUACCAAGCCCUGAGGCUGUUGCACUGAUACACCGAGCUUUGGUGACCAGAUGACCAAUUAAAACCUGGAGAUGGUGAUAGCAUGGCCCUACUACUCCACAGCAUUUGUGACCUACUUUGCAUGAGGUCAUUGUUACUAGGACAGUCUAAUGCUCCUAAAACUUACUGCUUUGGGCUGAGUGCUA